AUGGGGGCACUGCCAUUUUCCGCAAGGGCGAUGCGGCGCGCGCUCAUCGCCUUAGCGCUGAUAGCGUUAUGUAUAUCGUACUCAAAGAUGCACGAGAAGUCCGAUGCGAUCCAUAUGAAUUCAAAGAGAUCAACGUUAACAGAAAGAGAAAAUAGAUCAACUGGUGGUCGAGAAAUAGCCGGCAGAAAAGAAAAUGUUUCAGAUACGACGACACCUAUGAUAUUAGGAGAUGCAAG